AUGUUUCGCUGCAAAGAUGGUGGAUCCAACGAUGGCAGUACUUCAAGUGAUGAGACUGACAGCAGUAGCCAACCGAAUAAGAAAAAAAAGAAAACCACUGGCAAGAAAGGCAAGAAGUCGAAAGCUAGCAAGAAGAAGACCACUAAGAAACAGAAGAAGUCAAAGAAGUCAAAAAAAACAAAGAAGAAUGAUGAUGAUAGCGAAGACCCAGAGAAAGCAAAGAUUGCAGAUCUUGAAAAAAAGAUUCGCAAGGCAAUCGCUGAUGUCACCAAGAAGAUCAAAAACUGCAAUGUGGAGUUGACCAAAUCUGCCAACUGGAAGGCUCUCCAGAAGGACUUCAACAUGGCCCUGACUAGCCUCACAUCGUCUCGAUCUUCGAUGCAGACUGCCCUUGAGGGUGGAACGAAGGACCUGGAUCGAAUGACCCUGAUUCGAUGCAAGCUGCACUCGAUGAAAGUGAUGGCGCUUGUAGCCAGUAUGAUUCAGUGA